UGAUAUGAUUCUAGAAUGGGCCUCCCCAGUACCGUAGCAGAACCGUGUUUGAGGAUGCCACUCCUGAGAUGGUCAGGGACUUCUUUUGGGAUGAUGAGUUCCGUUCCAAGUGGGAUGAUAUGCUUUUGUAUUCUUCUACUCUCGAGCGUUGCAAGGACACGGGCACUAUGGUUGUGCAAUGGGUGCGGAAGUUCCCCUUCUUUUGUAGCGACAGGGAGUAUAUUAUAGGCCGUCGAAUAUGGGAUGCUGGCCGAGUGUUUUACUGCAUUACCAAGGGAGUACAAUACCCGUCUGUACCAAGACAAAACAAGCCAAGGCGAGUUGAUUUAUACUAUUCAAGCUGGUGCAUCCGUGCAGUUGAAUCGAAAAGAGGUGAUGGUGAGAUGACAUCGUGUGAGGUACUACUAUUUCACCAUGAAGAUAUGGGAAUACCGUGGGAGAUUGCUAAGCUCGGGGUGAGACAGGGGAUGUGGGGUGCGGUGAAGAAAAUUGAACCAGGCUUGCGCGCAUAUCAGAGGGCAAAAGCAGCAGGAGCAGGUUUGUCACCAAGCGCAUCAAUGGCUCAAAUCAACACCAAAGUGAGUGCGGAGGAGUUCAUGAAUGAGAGGGAUUCGAUAGCAGAGGUUACAGGAGAGAAGCCAACGGGGAAAAACAUACCGAAGAUACUGGUGGUGGGAGGGGCGAUUGCGCUUGCAUGUACACUGGACAAAGGGUUGUUGACAAAGGCGGUGAUAUUCGGAGUAGCCAGAAGAUUUGCAAGAAUGGGAAAAAGGAUGUAGGAGAGAGUGUACAUGUAAGUAGAGAGAGAGAGAGAGAGAGCUCAUGAGGGAAUGGGAAAGGUAAAAGGGUAUCUCCUUUGGCCAUUUGAAUAGAGAAAUGCUCUCUCUCUCUAUUAAAAAGUCUUUGUCUUGGUGGAUGUAUCAAUCUUGUUUGUAACAGCAAAGGGAAAAAGAAGCGAGAGUUAUUCUUUCAGUUUUGAAUUUCUGAGAGCGCGUACGGAUAAUUCCACGCUGCGUUAAUAAACGAAACAUAUCAAUCUAUUA